AUGGUGUGCGACUAUCUGUUUUGCGGCACAUGUUUUUUGAAUUUUCGUUUGUCCGAUAUCACAUUGUUUAUCGAGCACAAAAAGAAUGACUGUGUGGCAGCGAACACCAGCUCCGGUUCCGGUCGUCCCAGUCCGGACAAUCUGAUGGCCAAUUUAUUGGAAUGUGUUCAGUGUUUUCGCAAAUUUCCCACCGCUUGGCCUUUGCUCAUGCAUGUACAAGUAGAACAUCAGCUGCUGUUUGCCAAUGCCUUCCGUCAGGCCUCAUUCAAUCCGCGUGAUGAUCCGGUGCCCGCUGUAUCAGCCACAUCGUCUGAAGAGCGCAAUCUAGAUCUUGGACAGAAUAUAGUUCCCUACGGUUUGAGUUUGGAUGAUCCCGGUUCCAAUGUUUCUGUUUCAAGCAAUAUUGUGAGUAAUGGUGCAACCGCUGUAGUCACUGCCACACCAGCCAUACCUCAUUUGGUUACUAUCGGAACACAGACCAAUAUGAGUUGGUUUCGAACCCAGUCACGGCUGGUACGCAAACGCGCUUUGUGCUGUGCCUCCGCGAUUGAGACCGAUGCUCCGUGCACGGAUGGUGAUUGCCCUGAGGCAGAGCGCAUGUGUCAGUGCUCGAACACACAAGCCUCUGAUCCAAUGUGCCCGUGCCGAUGCUUUUGCUCACAGUCUGAACUAAAAACUAUCACAUGCCCUCCGUGUGUUGCCGGUCCGGAACUUCAAAAUAAUCAGUUCUCUGAUCCCACAAUGAAUUGUUACACUCACUCUCGCCCGAUGGACAGUUUAACUCAGCUGGGCUCAAACACUCCGGCUUGUUGUAUACAGAGCAAUAGUUUGGAUUGUUGUUCCAAUAAAUUAGUCCCAUCUGCUUCACAGUCCAUGGUCGUUCCCUGUUGCCCUUGUCCUCCAGCUAAGCGUGCAUCAAUGCGCUCCUCAGAAGCACAAACCGAUUUUGACCCCGAAUUCAGUGGUCCAGACUACGCAGAUAUUGCCAUGCUUUUGGCUACACCAGAUCGUGAUUCAGAAUAUCAACAGGAGGUCGGCUCAUUGAGCAAUGUAGUUGAUCCAUCCAAUUGGUCACAAAAUCCCACCGAACCAAAUUUGAACACAAGUGAAAUGUCACAUUCACAAAUCGUUCCCACCCUUAAUCCGCUAACAAACGAGGUGAACUAUACACAUCCCAGUCAACCAGAUCAGCCUUCCAUUCCGUCAGCCCCGGCACAGUUACCACAAAGUGCACCAACUGAAUCGACAACCACAACCGCAUGUGUGAUCCCACGGAAGCAAGUUGAUUGGCUUAGUUCUGCUCAACACGUUCCGUCCGAGGAAGUCAUGACACUGGAUCAACCAUAUACCCUGACAACUAGCACUGCACUGCACAUUUCUCCGCAAGAAACAACACUGACACGUUCGGUCUCGCAUCAGUUUGUCUGUUCUGAAUGCGGUAACCAGUAUCGUCAAAAGGUGCAUCUGCGCAAACACAUCAUGACUCAACAUACCCGUCAGAAACCUUACCGAUGCCCGAGUUGUAACUACACCACCGUCGAGAAAAGUCAUCUGACUGUACAUGUUCGUACUCAUACCGGUGAACGGCCAUUUGUUUGUCGGGAAUGCGAUUACGCCUCGGCACAAAAUUGCACUCUAAAAGCACACUACAUCCGAAAACAUUUGAACAGUCGUAUUUUCUGUUCCAAGUGUGAUGAGCCAUUCUACACGGAAUUGGAACGAGCCAAUCACGAACGUCUGUGUCUUGGUAACAGAGUGUAUCCUUCCACUAUGUUACCUGUUUCACUUGCGUCUAUGACGAACACAUCUAAGACAAACGGGAUUAAGGCUUCUUCAUCCCCCUCACGGGAUGCGAACGCUCUCCUGUGA